GCGCUCCUCCCUGCCGCGCAGCGGCCCCAACGGCCGGCGGGGGCUGGAGCGGGGGCCGGCUUUGCGCGCGAAUGAAUGGGUGCCUGGGGGCCGCGCGCUCUCGGGGCUGAAGGGCAUUAGGACCGUGAGGAUCGCUCCGCGCUCCUGUCUCUCCCUAUCGCCGCCCCACCACCACCAGCACCACCACCACCACUCUCUCCUUUUUUCUGCUCUGCAGGACUGAGCAGCCGGACGCGAGCGAAAACAAACAGCUGGGGCUGCGAGCGCCCCCCGCCCCAGCCCCGAGAGCACGCCGGCCCCGGGCCCCGCUCGAGGCGCCCGCCCGCUCGCCCACCAUGAGGAAGAUCCGCGCCAAUGCCAUCGCCAUCCUGACCGUAGCCUGGAUCCUGGGCACUUUCUACUACUUAUGGCAGGACAACCGAGCCCACGCAGCAUCCUCGGGCGGCCGGGGCGCACAGAGGACUGGCGGGAGGCCGGAGCAGCUCCGCGAGGACCGCACCAUCCCGCUCAUUGUGACAGGAACACCCACGAGAGGCUUUGAUGAGAAGGCAUACCUGGCAGCCAAGCAGCUGAAGGCUGGAGAGGACCCUUACAGGCAGCAUGCCUUCAACCAACUGGAGAGCGACAAGCUCAGCCCAGACCGGCCCAUCCGGGACACCCGCCAUUACAGCUGCCCGUCUGUGUCUUACUCUUUGGACCUACCAGCUACCAGUGUCAUCAUUACCUUCCACAAUGAAGCCCGCUCCACCCUCCUGCGCACGGUGAAGAGCGUCCUGAAUCGAACUCCUGCCAAUUUGAUCCAGGAGAUCAUUCUAGUGGAUGACUUCAGCUCAGAUCCUGAAGACUGUCUACUCCUGACCAGGAUCCCCAAGGUCAAGUGCCUGCGCAAUGACAAACGGGAAGGGCUCAUCCGGUCCCGUGUUCGCGGAGCAGAUGUGGCCGUGGCCACCAUCCUCACCUUUCUGGACAGCCACUGUGAGGUGAACACGGAGUGGCUGCAGCCCAUGCUGCAGCGAGUGAAAGAGGAUCAUACCCGAGUGGUGAGUCCCAUCAUUGAUGUCAUCAGUCUGGAUAAUUUUGCCUACCUCGCGGCGUCUGCUGACCUUCGAGGAGGAUUUGACUGGAGCCUCCAUUUCAAGUGGGAGCAGAUCCCUCUUGAGCAGAAGAUAAUCCGGACUGACCCCACCAGGCCCAUAAGGACACCUGUCAUAGCAGGAGGAAUCUUCGUGAUCGACAAGUCCUGGUUUAACCACUUGGGAAAAUAUGACGCCCAGAUGGACAUCUGGGGAGGAGAAAAUUUUGAACUCUCCUUCAGGGUGUGGAUGUGCGGUGGGAGCUUGGAGAUCGUCCCCUGCAGCCGGGUGGGCCACGUCUUCAGGAAGCGGCACCCCUACAACUUCCCCGAGGGCAAUGCCCUCACCUACAUCAGGAAUACGAAGCGCACUGCAGAGGUGUGGAUGGAUGAAUACAAACAAUACUAUUACGAGGCCCGGCCCUCAGCCAUUGGGAAGGCAUUUGGCAGUGUGGCUACACGGAUUGAGCAGCGGAAGAAGAUGAACUGCAAGUCCUUCCGUUGGUACCUGGAGAACGUGUACCCGGAGCUCACUGUCCCAGAGAAGGAAGUGCUCCCUGGCAUCAUAAAGCAGGGCGUCAAUUGCUUAGAAUCGCAGGGCCAGGACACAGCUGGAGACACUCUGCUCGGAAUGGGAAUCUGCAGAGGGUCUGCCAAGAAGCCCCCUGCAGCCCAGGAGUGGCUGUUCAGUGACCAUCUCAUCCAGCAGCAGGGGAAGUGCCUGGCUGCUGCCUUCCCCUCCCCUGGGGCCCUGGUGGCGCUGCAAGUGUGCAACCCAAAAGAAGGAAGUCAGAAAUGGAGGAGAAAAGGCUCUUUGAUCCAGCAGUCAGUCAGCGGACUCUGCCUGGAGACGCAGCCUGCCCAGCUGGUGACCAACAAGUGUCAGGCGGACGCCCCAGCCCAGCAGUGGCAGCUGUUGCCGCACACAUGACUGUAGCCCGAGGCCUCCUGUACCAUUUGCAUGAGACUUUGGGACCAGAAGAGGGUUAGGGUGGGGGAGUAUAAAGCGGGCUGUCUCCAUCUCCUCACAUUUCUGCCUGAAUCAUCAGCAAACACCCCUUGCCGCCACACACGUUUCUCCGGAGGGUGUUUGGACCCAGGGUCACACCCUAAUGCCCUCUCUGCCAUCCGGCCUUUCCCUGGGAGAGGAGGUAGUCCGGAAGCUGGACUGUGGCUGGGCAGAUGGUCCGGGCCCUUGUUCUCUCCUUUGCCCCUUUUGUGGGCCCACCCCUUGUUGGCUAUGGGGAGCAAGGACAGAAGCCCACACGGG